CCUGCAUGCUUGCCUUACUCUUUCUCACAUGAUUCUUCUCUUGUGACCCACAUUCCUCCACAAAUCGCUUGACUGGGUCAAAGUGUCUGAAACUUAGAAAAUAUGGAUGUAGUCUCAGGGAAUCUACGCUAAAAAGUUAUGGCGGAGUUAAGGACGACUUGUAUCUGAGUGGUAACACGAACUAAUCGACAUCUGAUGGCCGAUUCACCCUGUCCAACAGAUUCAAGGAGGUGUAAUUAUUUCCUCCUCUAUGAUGGGUCCAAGGUCCAGGAGGAAGGGGACCCCACACGAGCGGGCAUAUGCUUCUUUUACCCAGAGGAGACUCCACUGGAUCAGCAAGAGCUGCUGUGUGGGCAGCUGGCCGGCGUGUGCCGAUGCGUCUCGGAGCUGUCCCUCUCACCGGUGCGGCUGCUGCGGCUGCGCAGGAGCAAGUUCGCUGUGCGCAUGAAGGAACACUUUCUGUGGGCUCUCAGUUGUUCUGUUGACAUUCCAGAUGUGAGUGUGUGUGAACUCUUAGACCAGUUGAUCAGUCUCUUCUGUUUCUACAAUGGUCCCAUACGACAAAGUUACCUGAGGCAUAGUCGGGCUGAUUUGGCGGUGCGCUGGGCCAGGUAUCUCACACACCUGCAGGGAGGCUCCUCAGAGCUCCAUCACAUCUUCAGCUGCCUGAGGACCAUUGACUCCACACACAUUGAUCCUCUCUUACUUUUGAAGGCUGCCCUAAUUUUGCAGGCAUGUCAGCGGUGCCCCCUAGUGUUGGCAGGAUGCAUACUCUACAGAGGCAGGGUUGUGAGUACUCAGAUGCCUCCUGAUUUAACAGUGAAGGUGAUGGUCCAUGAAACAGAGAGCUACAAUCAAGACCAUAGGCCUGCGGCCAAUGGGAUCAACAGUGCUUCUGGUACGCCCUCUCCCUGCACAGGAACCACGCCAGUGUUCCUCACCCCUGCCGAGCUUCAGGCGCUGCGCAGCCCCCCUGUGGACAGGACUUGCAGGUCUCACUGUACGCCCCAGCCCCCACCUCGACCAAGAAAGUCUCGCCUUCUGUCACGGACUCUCUCUGACACUCCCCCCGCUGAACCGGCUGCUGCUACUCUGGACCCCCAGUUCAGCCCCGUUCACCAGCCGGAGAACACCGGCCCUGCCAACGCCAAGUCACAUGACCACGGUCUGUCCAAUGGGAUCGCGUCUUGUGAACUGAAGGAGGAAGGGGUAAAAAGUAAGACGGCUAAUGGCUGUGUCAGAAAGGUGGAGAUGGGGACGGGUCGAUGCAAGAUGGAGGCAAGCAACGACUUGAUCCUGCAGAAUGGAAACGGACGCCACACAAACGGCCAUCACAAGGAACCAGCCUCCAGCUGCCACUCUGACCAGAGCUCCUGUGAGGACGAGCUGUCAGACACAAGCCAUCACGAGCUGCUGUUGAACUGGUCUGAGCCGUCAAUCCGAUUGGACUCCCCAGAGACCAUACUAGAGAAGAAGAUGAAGAAGCUGAACAUGACAAAAGACAACCAGGAGAGCGAUGAGGAGGAGAGAAAAGCAAACAUGAAGAACGGUGGAAGAAAGAUUGAGCUGAACGGUGGGGAAGGUGUGAAGGAUGGAGUGAAGAGAGAGACUGGGAUGCAGGGCAGAGUGGAGGGUGGGGUGGGAGAGCUCUCGUCAUCGUUGGAGUCAGAAUCGGAGGUGUUGCUGCCCAUGGCCCUGUACCAGCAUAGGGUGAGAGCGCUGGUUCUUGCCCUGCUGGUGGAACCUCACUUCCACAGUGACCAGGCAGCUGUGGAGGAAGUGUACCACAGCAGCCUGGCAUCUCUGAAUGGACUGGAGGCUCACCUGGGGACCAGUACAGCUGGGGGCCUGGGGCCCCUUGGGCCUUACACUUUCGCUCAUUACGACAGCAUCCAGAACACACUCACUACCAACCUGUCUGGACGGUCAGUUGCACCUCACGAUCGCUCCUUUGUGAGGGCCACAGCCCUUCUCCACUCCCAUUUCUCUCAAACACAGACUCUGCAGGAAGCUAUUGUCAGGAGUGCGGGGGCAGCUGUAUAUGGCACGCGCAGCACAGCUCAAGAGACCUACUUCCUGCAGCACGCCACCUCAGUCAGGAACUCUGGCAUCCCCAACCACCAGGACAGCGCUUUCUCUCUGCCCAGCAAAGCCCGCCAUCGGCUGCUCAAGCAUGGGGUCAACCUGCUUUGAGCGCCGUGGGGGCUUAAAAAGCAAGUCGCGGAUAAUUAGAGGAGCUUUUGAGCUGAUCUUACCACCUAUGUGCAUCAACACAUGAAAGUUUCUUUACAAAGCACGCAUUCCUGCCUCUCUGCCUUUCUUGUACUGAUGUGGGUGGCAUGUCUUUUUAAGGGUUAAUCUCUGGCACAAAGUAGUAUACAAGCUGUAAGAACCCUGUGCUGCACAAGUAAACUGUUUUAUUUUUAUUUUCUAGAAAAGCUUAUUAAAGAUAUUUUUUGUUAUCAUAGGAGUACUCUUGAAACUCAUGCUGCACUUUUCUCAAUGUAAACAGAGAUUUAACAUGACACAUGCACACUCCAUAAAACAUUUUCUAAUUUUCUUAAAUUAUAAGUAGGUACAUGUUGUAAGCUAUGUUAUUUGUAUAUGCAAAUGUUGCUGGUGCUUUAUUUUCACACACUGAUCCUGAUCCACAUGUUUCAAAUUGGGCAGAGCAUUUCCACCCUAUUUGUUGUCUCCCCUCUCUUUGCAGUCUGAAAUGGGCAAACCCCCACUAUUACACAAGCUUUCAUUCAUAAUGGUCUUGACAAGGGGUGGGAAGUAGGCCAGCACCAGGCCUGAACAAAAUGUACAGUGGAAUUAUAGAAAGGCAGUUUUUGUCUUUAUACAUUGAUUUUAAUAUAUUAAGAAGACUUUUGAAAUGUUGUACAAUGUGCCUUCUGGAAAAUAAAGAUGCUUGUUAUUAAA